CCUUCUCCUCAGUUAGUUUCUCUUCUCCAUGGCAAACUUAACACUUUAAUAGGCAAAUCAUCUGGUUAUAUCGAAAAUCUACCCGAAGAUGUAAAACGUCGCAUCCACGGUUUAAAUUACUAUCAAUCUGAACAUGCAAAACUGGAAGCAAAAUUUCAGGAAGAGAUCCUCGCAUUAGAAAAGAAAUAUUUAAAACUCUAUCAACCUUAUUAUGAAAAACGUUCGAAGGUUGUUCGUGGUGAGUGCGAACCAACGGAAGAAGAGAUUGCGACUGGCGCGUCACUUUAUGAACUUGAAAAGUCUGAAAGAGAAAAGGAAAAGCAGGCCCAAGAAGGUGAUCCAACUAUUGAAAAAAAUAAAGAUGUACAAGGGGAUCCAACUACUGAUGAAAGCAAAGAAGUCAAAGGAAUUAUUGAAGACUCCUGUAAGGGUAUCCCUGAAUUUUGGCUUACGGCCAUGAAAAAUUUAGUAACAAUUUCAGAUAACAUUACUGAACGCGACGAAGAGGCAUUAAAACAUCUAAAUGAUAUUCGCAUCUCAUAUCUUGAAAAUCCUGGCUUUCAGCUUGAGUUUGAAUUUGAGGAAAACAAAUUUUUCUCUAACACUCUUUUGGUAAAAACAUAUUACUAUCAAGAAGAACCUGGGUAUGGUGGUGAUUAU